AUGAUUUCUGGUGGAAUUUCCAAAUGGGAAGCUGAAGGGUGGGAAGGGUUGCUAUGGUUGGACCUUUCUCAUAACUUUUUGACUGCUUUGGAGCGAUUUCCGGGAAACAAUUUGGCAUAUCUCAACCUUCAUUCCAACUUGCUUCGGGGACCAAUUCUCUCAACUUGCUUUAAUCCUCAAAUUCCAUUUUUACAGUUGGGAUCGUUCAUCAUUUCAAAGAAUAAAUUGACAGGAAACAUCCCUUCUUCUAUUUGCAAUUUGAGCUUACUUGAUUUUCUGGAUUUGUCCAAAAACAGCUUGAGUGGAACUAUUCCUGAUUGUCUUGGAAAUUUGAGCUUUCUCAUGUUGAUGGAUUUGCAGGUGAACAACUUUUAUGGCAAGAUCCCUUCUUCUAUUUGCAAUAUGGGUUCACUUCAUGUUCUGGAUUUGUCCGAAGACAACUUGAGUGGAACUAUUCCUGAUUCUUUUGUGAGUAAAAAAUUGAUCUAUAUUUUCCUAAAUGACAAUCAAUUGGAAGGAUUAGUACCACCAUCUUCGGCUAAUUGCACUUCAUUAGAAAUUUUAAAUUUAGGGAACAAGUUAACUGAUAGGUUUCCCCAUUGGUUAGCUUUACUUCCAAGUUUACAAGUUCUUAUCUUGAGGUCUAAUAGAUUUUAUGGAUCAUUGCGUCAUUCCAUAGCUUCAUCGAACUUCUUCUCAUUGGAAAUAAUUGAUCUCUCCGGAAAUGAGUUCACUGGUACUUUGCCCACAAGGUUCUUUGGAAAUUUGAGAGCAAUGAAAAAUAAACCUAUAGAGAGACCUCCAGACUUAUCAAUUAUGUCAGACGACAUUACGUAUUACCAAAUUUCUGUGAAUGUAACAACGAAAAAGUUGGAGCUUGAAUUGACGAAGAUUGUAGGCAUCUUUGUAUCUAUGGACUUGUCAAAGAACAAAUUCUUCGGACAAAUUCCUAAGGAAACCUUUCAUCAAACAAGCUUAGUGGCAAGAUUCCUUCUCAAACGAUGA